AUGGCGGCCUCGCGGGACACUUCCAUAGUGGCGGAUUCCAAGUCACCCAAACUUUCCAUCUUCAGACGCGAAGAAAAAUCCGAUGUGAUUGCGAAGCCCGAUGCUGUCACCGGCUCUGUUGAUGCCCAGGUGGGAGGAUCUUUGAGUCUCGAACCGAACCCUUUUGAGCAAUCCUUUGGUGGCGGCGGACAACCGGAGACACCAGGAGGCACCAAACUACCCUCGGUCGCCGCCCUCACUUCCCCGUCAUCGCUGCUUCCUGGCGGUGGUGUGACCCCAUUCAACUGGCCCGGUGGUUCUCUCCGAACCGGCCCUUUGAGUCCGGCCAUGUUGUCCGGGCCAACCACCGAUUACUUCGGGGAUACCCAUCACAUCAGAGGAGGCUUCCCUACCCCAAACGAAUCUUCAUUAAGAACGGGCCUUACACCCGGCGGCAGCGGUUCCAUGUUCCCCGCGCCAAGCCCUAACUCGGCGCUUUUGGCGCAGCUGGCUGGUGGCGGCGCUACGCCUAGUACUCUCGAGUUCCACCGCACAGCUAUCAGCGCUGCUGCGAAGCGCGACAUGCAGAAUGCCGCCCAAAACCAGCCGGUAGCCCCUACGUCCCAGCCUGCUGACAUGCCAAACAAUAUCCCUGCCGUGCCUGUGAAGGCCGAGCCCAGGGCGAGCGGUCCAUUUGAUCCUCAUGAUAAUGAUGCAGCAAAUGGAUUUGCGGAGGAGGGUGACUCGGACGACGACGAUAUGGAUAAGCAAGAUGAGAAUGGCUCCAAAUCCAAGAUGACAGAUGAAGAGAAACGCCGCAACUUCCUUGAGCGUAACAGGGUGGCCGCGCUUAAAUGUCGCCAAAGGAAGAAGCAAUGGCUUGCUAGCUUGCAGUCAAAGGUUGAGCUAUUCAGCAAUGAAAAUGAAGCACUCACUGCUCAAAUUGCCCAACUACGAGAGGAGGUCGUCAAUUUGAAAACGCUCCUUCUCGCCCACAAAGACUGCCCGGUUACUCAACAGCAAGCUUCACUGCAUGGCCCUUAUAUGCAAGUUGUCGAGCCGUAUGGCGCCCAGCUUAAUCCUUAUAGCAUGGCGGGCCCUCCGAUGGCAGGCCAGCCUGUGAUGGCAGGCCAACCCGUCCAGCGGCGGUUUAGCUAG